AUGGCCAGUCUUCAGUUCCACGGCAACGUCGAUGCGGACAUCAGAUAUGAUAUUCACUUGGAUCCGGCGAGGGAGCGCAAUCUCUUCGGGUUGCUGAAGUUCCUCCAACUGGCGAUGGGCAUGGAGCCGUUUCCCCGGCUGCCCAAGUGGUGGCCAAAGUGGCUGCAGCUGGGCGGGAAUCUGCUGGCCAAGGCUUACUGCUCCAUGGUGAUAUUCACCUCGCUGCACUUGGGUGUCCUGUUCACGAAGACCACGCUGGAUGUCCUGCCCAGCGGUGAGCUGCAGGCCAUAACCGACGCCCUCACCAUGACCAUAAUUUACUUCUUCACCGGCUACGGCACCAUUUACUGGUGCCUCCGCUCCCGGCGACUCUUGGCGUAUAUGGAGCACAUAAACCGCGAGUACCGACACCAUUCGCUGGCUGGCGUGACCUUUGUGAGCAGCCAUGCCGCCUUCCGCAAGUCCUGGAACUUCACGGCCGUGUGGAUAAUGGCCUGCCUGCUGGGCGUGAUCUCCUGGGGCGUCACGCCAUUCAUCCUCGGCAUCCGGAUGCUCCCGCUGCAGUGCUGGUACCCCUUCGAUGCUCUCGCCCCCGUCACAUAUUCGGCGGUGUACGCCACCCAGCUCUUCGGCCAGGUCCUCGUCGGCCUGACCUUUGGCUUCGGGGGAUCGCUGUUUGUCACCCUCAGUCUCCUGCUGCUGGGACAGUUCGAUGUGCUCUUCUGCAGCCUGAAGAACAUGGACGCCCAUGCCAAGUUGCUGGAGGGCGAGUCCGCAAAUGGCCUGAGCAUGCUGCAAAAUGAGUUACUGCUGGAGGACUCAACUAGAGAACUGAAUCAGUAUGCCGUGCUGCAGGAGCACCCGACUGAUUUACUGGUGAUGUGUGCAGGACGUAAAUGUCCUGGCAAAGGAAAUGUAUUCCACAGCGCCUUGGUGGAGUGCGUCCGUCUGCACCGCUUCGUCCUGCAUUGUGCCGUGGAGCUGGAGAACCUGUUCAGUCCGUACUGCCUGGUGAAAUCCCUGCAGAUUACCUUCCAGCUCUGCCUGCUGGUGUUCGUGGGUGUUUCCGGGACUCGAGAGGUCCUGCGGAUUGUCAAUCAGCUGCAGUACUUGGGACUGACCCUCUUCGAACUGCUGAUGUUCACUUACUGCGGCGAACUGUUGAGCAGGCACAGUAUUCGCUCCGGCGAUGCCUUUUGGAGGGGGGCGUGGUGGAAGCACGCCCACUCAGUCCGCCAGGACAUCCUCAUCUUCCUGGUCAACAGUCGACGGGCGGUUCACGUGACUGCCGGCAAGUUCUACGUCAUGGAUGUGAAUCGUUUAAGAUCGGUGGUAACACAGGCCUUCAGCUUUUUGACUUUGCUGCAAAAGCUGGCUGCCAAGAAGGCCGAAACCGAACUCUAAAAUGGAACCACACUCGUUGAAGU